AUGAUCUGUUGUAUCUGUCUCAGGACCUCCGGAGAGGCCAGGGAGGUGAGGGGGUGGGUGGUGGAGUUCUCUCCACUGAGACUGAGACUGGAGUGGGAGGAGCCAUUAUUCCACACUGACCACCCGGUACUCCACUACACCCUCUACACCAGGGACGGAGGAGCCACAGCCAAUACCACUGACAACAACAUCACUCUCAGUCUGGAAGACAAUGUGGACUUCAGUUACUGCAGCACCAGUGGUAUUGGAGUGACUGCAGUCUAUGAUAUUGGAGAGAGUGGACUGUCUCCAGUGGUUUCAAUGGAAAGAGAUGUGACUGGCAAAAGAUUUGCUAUUGACGGAAAUCUUACUUUCGAAAAUGAUCUAUUCAUGAUCAACCUUUACAUAAAAUUCCCGCAGCUGUGUGAGGGCCAGGAGAUGAGGUACAGAGUAGAGGUGGAGGAAGAGAGGACAGGGAGACUGGUCUACCAGGACACCAGAGUCUCAGAGUACAGAGGAGGAGAUGUGGACUACAGCAACACUACCUCUUCUCUCCUGGACCAUGGCUACUACACUGCUCUCGUCUUUCUCCACACUGGGGGACAAAACAUAUCCUCUUUUCCUCUGAGACUCUCAGUUUUUCAAGAAAGUCCAGAGACAAAGAUUGAUGUAACCAGUGCAGUCACAAAUGAUAAUAGGAAGAAAGAAAGUCGGGGAAUAAGUUGGUUGCUGGUAGUAAUUGGGGUGCUGGUUGGGUCGGUCGCCUGUUUUAUUGUAGUAGCUGUGCUAAUAGGGGCUGUGAUUUUCAAACACAAGACUUUGUCAAUACCACAAGAACCUUUGGAGAACAGGAACCCUAUAUAUGAGGGACCACUGUAUGAGAACAUGGAGGAGAGUCCAGGGACCUCCCUCCCUCCUCCUCCCCCUCCCUCUGCCAGGAGGAGAGGGAGUGUCUCUCGGAGUGUGGACAAUGUCUACCACAGCUCCCCUGUCCCCAUCCCCACUGACCCCGAGACUGAGGGACUGUAUGCUGAGCUCCUGGCUGACAAGAAACAAGAGUCCCAGACCAGGGCCCCGGGAGAUGGGGAGGAGGAGACAUACACCAUCAUGAGACCUGCUGGACACGCUGCAAGAGAUGGGUUUAACAUUGAUCCCUACGUUGAGGAACGUGCUGCUUGGAUUGGAAACAGAAAAUAAUCCUCAGAGAACUGGACUACAGUGACAAAAUAGAAUAGGUUGUGUGAGAUUUGAAUAUAGUAGCUCUAGCU